GGUGGUCUAUGCUAUGAUCUAAACAUGGGUAGGAGUUGAAGCCCAAUAGCUUCUGGGUCUCCCUGGGGCCUUCAUGAAAACCAAGAAUUGAACUCUGUGACAUCACAAUAUCCAGAGCAUGGCUCUCUCUCUACUCAUGAGAAGAGUGGGGGUUAGUAGGAGUUUCAGCUAUUGGUAGACUACAGGUGUGACUCUACCAGAGGAAGUUCGAAGGCACUAGCGAGCCAUGCCAUCCGACAGGUCUGGGCAAUACGCAAGUCAGAUGGCUGAACAAAGACAGCGGGCUAUGUCGACAUCUGGAGAAGCUUUAUAUGAAAUUCUUGGUCUACAGAAGGGGGCAUCACAAGAAGAAAUUAAGAAAAGCUACAGAAAAUUGGCUCUGAAACACCAUCCGGACAAGAAUCCAGAUAAUCCUGAGGCUGCUGAGAAAUUUAAAGAGAUCAACAAUGCGCACACUAUAUUGACAGAUUUGACCAAGAGAAAUAUUUAUGAUAAGUAUGGGUCGCUUGGACUCUACGUGGCAGAACAGUUUGGAGAGGAAAAUGUUAACACUUACUUCAUGCUGUCCAGCUGGUGGGCAAAGACCCUGUUUGUAAUCUUUGGCAUCUUGACGGGCUGCUACUUUUGCUGCUGCCUCUGCUGCUGUUGUAACUGCUGCUGCGGACACUGUCGGCCCAAGUCCCCAAGGGGAGCAGAAGGAGAAGUCUAUGUGUCCCCGGAGGACCUGGAGGAGCAGAUCAGGAGUGACAUGGAAAAAGAGGCAGACUUCCCCAUCACCCUCCAGCCGACCUGCGCAAAUGAGAAAACCCAACUAAUCAAAGAAACCCGCAGCUAUACCACAGACUCAUAGAUGACCAGCACGCUCAGGUUCAUGGGUCCUUCUGGAAGCAGCAGCAAUGCGCCUGGCAAGUGGAGGGAUUCCUGAAGGAAAGAGCCUCAACGAUGUUGCAAAACCCCAGGAAUCCCUUUCCCAUCUAUGCUUUAUUUUGAGGUUAGGCACAGGUGGUUGCAAUGUAAUUUUCUGAGCAUGCAGACUCCCUUUGAGUAGACUUUCUAAUGAAACAGAUUCAAUUAGACAAAAAAAAAAGGCCUGAAGAGUGUACCUUGUGUUCCCCCUCAUCCCACACCCCUCUGCCCAGAGACUGUUGGGAACUGGCAGGUUUUAAGGACCAGUGUGCCCUUAUUGAACCAUAACCUCUGCCAACCCCAAGACUAAAACUGGUAAUCAGUGAUGGGAGCAUCUCUCUUUUCCUCUAAUAACUAAAGCAGUCACAAGAAAAACUAUUGUUGUUAAAAGAACACAUUUUAGGGGAGAAUUUAAGAAAAAUUUUAAGGAAAAAAGGGGCCAUUCUCACCUUGCAGCCAGAGGAAUUUGCCAACUCCCAGUGGCUUUGGGUUGCAAUGUGUUGAUGUCAUCAUUGUAGAUUGUUGUUGCGGGUGGGGCACCUGAUGCUUGUACCUCAGGUAGCUAGCAGGCUUUCACUGACCUUCCAGCAGCAGAAUAAUAUAAGGAUCAGGUUAAAGGGCACCUCACAAAGUUUCCUCUUAAAAUUUGAAAGGUCUAAAUCACCAUUUCAAAAAUUGGGAUUUGCAGAAUACAUAGCUGCUUCUUGAUUUCUUCCCUCUCUCCCUCCUUCACCCCCUCUACUUACUUUCCUAUAUUAGACCUUACGUUCAGUUGGGUCAGUUACUUUGAGCCAUGACUCAGAAUUUUCUGUAAAGUCAUUACCUACCACUGGCCACAUUGCAAGGGCUUUGCAGCCUUAGAUUAGCUGGACUAGAAACAAGAAAGACACAUGACAGAGAUACAUAGAGGCUUGAGGACACAGGCAGAGACAAGAGUACUCACUUUCAGGCCCUAAAUUUCAUAAACCUCUUUUUUUUUUGGUUUUGUUUUGGAACUGGUUUCAUUUUGAAGAAAGAAAAAAAAAAAGCUCAGCUAUACACAUUAGGGAAGGGAGUAUCUAUCUUAGGGAGUGAAGUUCUGUCCAUUUUCUGAUUCAAUUACUUCAUUCAUAUUUCAGCAGGAGAGGUGGGAGGGAAGUAAUGAGUAGGGGACAAAAACAGUCUCCAAAAUUGUGCAGGAGCAAAAAUGUAUUGUUUUAAAAGAGUUUAAUUUUUUUUUCUCUCCAAAAAAAUGUGUUCCUUUAAACAUUAAAUAUCUUUCUUGUUAUC